GGUGGUUGGUGUGACAGAGGAAGAUACAGAGGACAGGGUGAGAUGGAAACGAUUGAUCUGCUGUGGCGACCCCUAACGGGAACAGCCGAAAGACAAAGAAGAUUAUUAGCAUGUUCUGCCAGUUCACUUGGAUUCAGGGUUUCACAUGUGAUCCUGAAGGUCGCAGUUAACAGCUUCCGGUACGUCAGGAAUGUAACUUUUAUUUUGAAAGUCACAGCGUCGUUCUGCACCCGUUAACUGUCGUCAACUUUAUCUAGGAAGUGCACGAUGUGGACCUUUGGCUUUUUGCUGUCUGUCGCUGCUGUGCGUCAGAAGCUGUUCCAUUUAUGAAUAACUGGAUACAAAAUUGUGAAAAUUAAAAAUGGACCAGCACGUUGAUCAUCAAACAGAAAACGGAGGUGUGUUAGAAGCAGCAGCUCCUCGAAGGAGGAUGUCCAGACAGCAGAUCCUCACAUUAAUAUCUGUGGCUUCUGUCAACUUCAGCUCCAUGAUCUGUUACUCAAUCUUAGGACCAUUUUUCCCCAAUGAGGCAGUAAAGAAAGGAGCCAACCAGACGGUCGUUGGACUCAUAUUUGGCUGCUUCGCUGUCUGCAAUUUAAUUGGUUCAUUGAUACUAGGAAAAUAUAUUGUCCAUAUUGGUGCAAAGUUGAUGCUUGUUACAGGCCUGUUUAUGUCAUCAAUCUGCACCAUUCUUUUUGGGUUACUUGAUCGGGCUCCUGCAGGAGCCGCGUUCAUCGUUCUCUGCUUUGUGGUCAGAUCCAUCGAUGCCGUGGGCUUUGCAGCUGCGAUGACCUCCUCGUUUGCCAUCACAGCAAAAAUAUUCCCAGACAACGUUGCAACUGUUUUCGGAAGUUUAGAGAUUUUCACAGGACUCGGGCUGAUCCUGGGGCCGCCGGUCGGAGGCUGGUUCUACCAGUCGUUUGGAUAUGAGGUCCCGUUUCUGAUUCUUGGGUGUUUCCUGUUGAUAAUGGUUCCUUUCAACCUUUACGUUCUACCGAGCAUCGAAGCAGAUCCCUCAAAAGAUUCCUUCUUUAGGCUUCUGACCCACCUGAAAAUAGUGCUCAUCUGUUUUGUGGUCUUCACACUAAGUGCAGGAUUGGGCUUCAUAGAUGCCACUUUGUCCCUGUUUGCCAUUGCAAAGUUUAGCCUGUCCCCCGGCUACGUAGGACUCAUCAUGAUUGGUCUAUCCAUACCUUAUUGCCUGGCAUCACCGCUAAUUGGGUUUUUUACAGAUAAAUAUCCGGCCACCAGGCCGUGGUUCAUGGUGUGUGGAGGCUUCGCCACAGCCGCCAGCUUCUGUCUGCUUGGACCCGCCCCCUUUCUGCACAUCCCGAGUCUCUUGUGGUUGGUGGUCGUCAUGCUUGGCGUAAUUGGAUUUUCACUUGGCGUGACUGGAAUCCCCACCUUCCCAGAGAUAAUCUCCUGUGCAUAUGAACAUGGAUUUGAAGAAGGUCUCAGUACUCUUGGAAUGGUAUCUGGACUGUUUGGGGCAGUUUGGUCUUUGGGGAUGUUUUAUGGGCCAAUCGUCGGUGGCCUUAUCACCCAAAACCUGAGCUUUGAGUGGGCGUCUACAGUUCAAGGAAGCCUCUGCGGUUUAGCUGCGCUGCUCCUCACUUUGUAUUAUCUCUGUCAAAGACUCACACCACAACGUGUUCAUGAGAAUGGAGGCAGAUGUGUAGAUGAAAGCACUCCUCUCCUGGAUGACUGAGAGCCUUGUCUGAGCAGCGACAUGUCGAGGGCCUCCGGACUGGAAACAACUUAAUCCUAGUGUUGUAGUCUUUAAGUGCAAUAAAUCAGACAUUAUCAUUUUCGAUUAGUUGCUGAUAAUUUGUGAAGUCAGAACCUGAUCUGCUCAGAGUUGCUACAGGAGCAGAUGUUUUACACUGGAUGGCCUUUCUGACUCUAGUUCGACAUGGAGAAAGAAACAUGCAGCUCCUGGGUUUCCUAAGCGGUCUACCACCCAAAUAGUACUCAGGACCCACUGUGCUUAACUUCUGAGACCUGACAGGAUCAGGUGUGUGUUAACUCUGGAGAUCAGACUUAACUGUCAGAAAAGGACUGAAAAUUACACUAAUCUUAUAGUCCACAUCAAAGUCAAAGUACCUGUCUUUCUGUUCACUGUAUGUUUUGCUCUAGUUUCUGUGACUAGCUUACAUGACUUCAUGUUGAAGUCAUGUCAUGGAAGAAAAAUAAUCAUUACACUCUAUUUGAAGUGAAAUUUUCUGCGUACCACUGUGAAAUAGAAACACCACAUCCAGUAA